UCCCUAGCGCUGCCAGUUUCUUUGACUGGAAUGGGGCUAAUAGAAACUAGCUCUGAGCUUUGAAUUGAAUUUGAAGUUUUUGGAAAAGAUAGACGCAGCUUUUCGCCAAGUUCAAUAGAGAGUGGAGUGAAAUGAAACGCGAUGUCCGGAUACUGCUGUUGGGGGAACCCAAAGUGGGAAAGACCUCUCUCAUCAUGUCUCUGGUCGGAGAGGAGUUUCCUGAGCAGGUUCCUCUCCGGGCGGAGGAGAUCACCAUUCCUGCUGACGUCACGCCUGAGAAAGUGCCCACACAUAUAGUCGACUACUCAGAAAGUGAACAGUCUGAUGAAGUGUUAAGAGAGGAAAUUGUAAAGGCCAAUGUCGUGUGUGUGGUUUAUGAUGUCACCCAAGAGGAAACCAUUGACAUGAUCAGGACUAAAUGGAUUCCUCUGGUCAAUGGAGGCGCUGAGAAAGGAAGCAAGAUUCCCAUCAUCCUCGUGGGCAACAAGUCUGACUUGCGCUCCGGCAGCUCCAUGGAAACCAUCCUGCCAAUCAUGAACCAGUUUUCGGAGAUUGAGACCUGUGUGGAGUGCUCAGCUAAGAAUCUGAAGAAUAUUUCUGAGCUGUUCUAUUACGCCCAGAAGGCCGUUCUACACCCGACUGCUCCGCUCUACGACCCCGAAGACAAACAGCUGAAGCCGCAGUGUGUUCGAGCUCUGAGUCGAAUCUUCAGCAUCUCUGAUCAGGAUAAUGAUCACAUACUCAGUGACGCUGAGCUCAACUGCUUUCAGAAAUUGUGUUUCGGGAAUCCACUGGCUCCUCAGGCUCUGGAGGACGUGAAAACAGUCGUGUGGAAGAACACCAGUGAAGGAGUCCAGGACAACGGACUCACACUCAACGGUUUCCUGUUCUUGAACACUCUCUUUAUCCAGAGGGGACGUCAUGAGACCACCUGGACCAUCCUGCGUAAAUUCGGCUACGAUGACACGCUUGAGUUGACGGAUGACUACCUCUACCCACCACUGCGAGUAUCGGUGGGCUGUACGACGGAGCUGAAUCAUCUGGGUCACCAGUUCCUCCAGAAGCUCUUUGAUAAGUAUGAUGAGGAUAAGGACUCAGCCCUGUCUCCCGCAGAGCUGAAGAAUCUGUUUAGUGUUUUACCCUACAUGCCCUGGGGCUCAGCGGUGUACGGUAGUGUCCCCCUAACGGACGAGAGCUUCAUCUCCCAACACGGAUACUUCUGCCAGUGGAUGUUAUCUGCUUAUCUGGAUGUGCACCGGUGUUUGGAGCAUCUGGGAUACCUCGGGUAUCCGAUUCUAAUGGAGCGAGAGUCCCAGACCUCCGCUGUCACGGUAACAAGAGAGAAGGCAUUAGACCUGGAGAAGAGACAGACACAGCGGACGGUUUUCCUCUGCAAAGUGAUCGGUCCCCGCGGAACGGGAAAGACAGACUUUCUUCGAGCUUUUCUGCAGCGAAGCACUGAGAGAAAUGACUGUGACCCUGGCCUCCCUUCAAUAUACACCAUCAACACCGUCUCAGUAGCCAAUCAAGAGAAGUACCUCAUCCUGGAGGAGGUGGACGUGGAAACAGAGUUUCUAAAAGCAGCAGAUGCGGCGUGUGAUGUGGCGUGUCUCAUGUAUGAUGUCAGCGACCCGGACUCGUUCAACUAUUGUGCUAGUAUAUAUAAGCAGCACUAUAUGGACAGCGGGAUCCCGUGUGUGGUGGUGGGCUCCAAAGCCGAUCUGAUAGAAGUCAAACAGCAUCAUGGGAUGAGCCCGUCUGAGUUUUGCUACAAACACCGGCUGCCUUCGCCCCUCCGUUUCUCCACGCUGCUCACACACACUCACACACACAUUUACAGCAAGCUCACCUGGGCCGCCAUGUACCCGCACCUGAACGGAUCAGACAUGAGCAGCACAUCUUUCUGGCUGCGUGUGACUCUGGGCGCCACGAUAGCGGCCAUGCUGGGCUUCGCUCUGUUCAGAGCCUUCAGCCGACACAAAUGAUGCUCGCGCAUUUCGUACACACAGAUAAACACACACUCCUUCAUUUCCUGCACUCUGUCUCGGCCUUACAGAGUCAUUGUGGCUUAUCAAGGGUGUGAAGCCCUGCUAGUUACAGUGACAGCAACACAAUUAAGCAGUCGAUUGGGUUUUCUUUGUCUUUUUUCUUCAGCUGGACUAAAUUACCACACACACGCUUUUGCUUUCACUACGAAAACUUGCCGGCUUUACCGUAUGACCCCCAAGGACGUUUUCCAACAUGUUUCAAGAGGAGCAACAUUAUAUAACAGGUUAUGUUUCGAAUUGUACAGAGUUUGUAAUGUAUUUAAGAGUUUGGGAAAUCAAUAUAGAUCGAGAAUAUAUAUAUAUAUAUAUAUAUAUUCAAACUCUGAAACAGUGUCGAGGUCAAUUCAGUUUUUCCUCAGCCACUUCAGGAAAUGCACUUCAUUUUUGUUCAUAACUCAUCCUCUCAGAAUAUUUGAGAAGCUGAAGUACGUUCUUUGUUAAAUCGAAGUUAAGCUCUAGUUAAAUGCUACGGAUGAUGUCAUCUGAAAAUCACAAAGCUAAAUGAAGUGCCUCUUCUUAAUUGGCUGAUAUUAAAACUGAAUACAUUUCCAUGUCAUGUUCCUCAGAUGGCUGUUUAUGUGUAUGGACCAUGACUGACAAAUAACUGUUGUUAUUAUUAUUAUUAUUUUAAGAUGCCGAGGCAAAAUUCAUUGAUGCUUUUGGACAUCGCUAAACUGGGCCCAAACUCUUGCUUUGCCUGUAUUGAUUGUAGGGUCGAAUGAUCUCUCGUUUGAAAUUGCAGUAGGGAUGGAUGGUGUUAAUAAGUGUAUUUUAAAUGAUAUUUUAAGAAGAUGAAAUGCUCUGAUGCUUUGGACGUCUUAUAGAUCAGGAUAGACCGUAGAGGAUGACUUGGCUGACUGUAUUUAAUUAUAAUAUUGUGCAAACUGGAUUUAUCUCAGUACUGUUACUGUUUAUUGGGCCAAGUAAAAUUAAAAAAGGGUUUCAUUUUAGCCUAAAAACAUUUACUCAACACUGAAGGACUGUCUAGAAAUUUGCAUGGUCAGAUAUUUCUUCAAAAUGAUAGAACUCACUAUGGAUGUCCCGAUUCAUUGUUUUAAUUUUCAAUUUCAAUAUUUUGUUCAGUAUUAAUGCCCAGUAUUAAAAAUGGUGAGCUCAACUUGUCUUCAGUAUCAAAUGAGAUGUUCGAAUAGAAAUAUUUUGUAAUAAACUAGCGUUUUUUUCUGGUGAUUUUCUGGAAUGGUGUGUUUGAUCACAUGACUCUGAAUCUAAGAGGCUGAUUGGCUGAUUGUCUCUCGUUGAGCUCUUAUGCAUAACCAUUCAGCCAUUUUAUAUAUUUCUGUAACUAAUAGAAAUUAACUUUUUAUGCUUAAAUGUGACAGGCAGAUCUAAUUUCUGUUCCGACGAUACAGCAUCACGUUUCAAGAACACUGCAAAAUACAUUGAGGUGAGUUUGGAAAGUUGACUUGUGUCCAACAUCAAGAAUAAAAGAUAUAAUGUCUAAA